GCGCCGCUGCUGCUGCUGCUGCUGCUGCGGGACUGAAUCUGUAUCUGCUCGCUUGUUCUCAACCAGUCAGCAGCAGCAGUGGUCGGACCGGAGUAUGAUCGCUGUCCGGAGAGCAUAGAUGUGCAAAACCCCUGGAAUAUCCGUGCGCUGGAGAGGCCAGAACCGACCACCGUGGAGGACUGUCUUUGUCUAGUCGUCAAAAGGGAAAGAGCCACGGGUAAAGCAUGGCGGUAGAAGAGGAAGGUCUCCGGGUUUUCCAGAGCGUUAAAAUAAAAAUAGGAGAAGCAAAAAACAUCCCUCCAUACCCAGGGCCAAACAGGAUGAGGGACUGUUACUGCACUGUCAACCUGGACCAAGAAGAGGUCUUCAGGACCAAGAUCAUCGAGAAGUCACUUUGUCCGUUCUAUGGGGAGGACUUCUAUUGCGAGAUCCCACGUAGCUUCAGACAUCUCUCCUUCUACAUCUUCGACAGGGACGUCUUCAGGAGGGACUCCAGUAUCGGCAAGGUUGCGGUGAAGAAGGAGGACCUGCAGAAAUAUCAUGGCAAAGACACCUGGUUUCAGCUACAGCCUGUCAGUGCUGACUCAGAGGUGCAGGGAAAAGUGCACCUGGAGCUGCGUCUGAGUGAAGUCAUCACAGACAGUGGAGUCAUCAACCAUAAACUAGCCACAAGAGUGUUGGAGUGCCAAGGACUUCCAAUUGUCAACGGCCAAUGUGAUCCCUACGCUGCUGUCUCCCUACUAGGACCUUCAAGGUCGGAAGCCAAGAAGACCAAGGUGAAGCGGAAAACCAACAAUCCACAGUUUGAGGAGGUUUUCUAUUUUGAGGUGACGCGGCCAUUAAGCUACACAAAGCGGCAGUUUGACGUUGAAGAAGAGGAUGUUGACAAGCUGGCCCUGAGGGUGGAUCUGUGGAACGCCAGCAACCUGAAGUUCGGGGACGAGUUCCUGGGAGGUGUGCGUGUUCCUCUCCGGGUCCUGGGUCAGGCAGGGGUCCACGACGCAUGGUACUUUCUCCAGCCCAGGGAGAACGGAGGAAAGUCGGUGAAGGUAGAAGAGCUCGGCUCUCUGCGUCUGAACAUCGUUUACACUGAGGACCACGUCUUCCCCUCUGAACACUACACUCCCCUCAGAGAUCUGCUGCUGCACUCUGCUAACGUAGGGCCUGUGUCAGCGUCCACGGCUCAUAUUCUGGGGGAAGUGUGUCGAGAGAAACAAGAAGCCGCCAUUCCCCUCGUGCGUCUGUUUCUUCACUAUGGCAAGAUUGUGCCUUUCAUCAGCGCCAUCGCUCACGCUGAAGUCAACCGCACACAGGAUCCUAACACCAUUUUCCGGGGAAACUCGCUGACUUCCAAGUGCAUCGAUGAGACCAUGAAGCUGGCAGGAAUGCACUAUCUGCAAGUCACACUCAAACCCAUCAUAGAUGAGAUCUGCACAGAACAUAAACCCUGUGAAAUCGACCCGGUCAAGCUCAAAGAGUCGGAGAACCUGGAGACGAACAGGGAAAACCUUCGUCAUUAUGUAGACCGUAUCUUCAAUGUUAUCACCACCUCUGGCGUUCGCUGUCCAACCGUCAUGUGCGAUAUCUUCUUCUCUUUGAGAGAGUCUGCUGCCACCCGUUUCCAAGUCGACCAAGAUGUCCGUUACACAGCAGUGAGCAGUUUUAUUUUCCUGCGUUUCUUCGCUCCAGCCAUCCUCUCCCCCAACUUGUUCCAUCUACGGCCGCAUCAUCCAGAUCCUGCCACCUCUCGAACCCUCACCCUCAUCUCCAAGACGAUCCAGACCCUGGGAAGUCUCGCCAAGUCUAAAUCUGCCAAUUUCAAAGAGUCUUACAUGGCUGCAUUUUAUGACUACUUCAAUGAGCAGAAAUAUGCGGAUGCUGUGAAGAAUUUCCUGGACCUGAUCUCCACCUCUGGCAAAUGGGAUCAGAAGAGCAUUGAAACACCAAUCAUGCUCAAAGAGGGGAGUGUAAAACUCACAAUAAAGAGGGUUGAUGGGAAGGGGUCAAAAGGCACGAAGGGCAGAUUUAUGAUAAAGAGAGCACAAGGGAGAAACCGUUUUGGAAUGAAGAACUUCAAGAAGAGAUGGUUUCGCCUCACCAACCACGAGUUUACCUACCACAAAACCAAAGGUGAGGGAGCUCUGUGCAGCAUUCCCAUAGAGAACAUUCUGGCUGUAGAGAGGCUUGAGGAGGAGUCUUUCAAGAUGAAAAAUAUGUUCCAGGUUAUUCAGCCGGAGCGGGCACUCUACAUCCAGGCCAACAACUGUGUCGAGGCACGUGACUGGAUCGACAUCCUGACCAAAGUCAGCCAGUGCAACCGCAAACGUUUAAGCACCUACCAUCCUUCAGCCUACCUCAACGGCCACUGGCUCUGCUGCAAGCUCUCAGCAGACACAGCCCCUGGGUGUACGCCCUGCACUGGCGGCCUGCCAGCAAACAUCCAGCUGGAUGUAGAUGGAGACCGAGAGACUGAGAGGAUUUAUUCCCUGUUCAGCACAUACAUGACCAAACUGAUCAAGAUGCAAGAGGCCUGUGGCAGUAAGUCUGUGUAUGACGGCCCUGAACAAGAGGAGUACUCUAGCUUUGUCAUCGAUGACCCCCAGGAGACUUACAAAACCUUGAAACUGAUUGUUUCAGCCGUGCAGACCUUGGAGCAGCAGCACACCAAGUACAAACGUGACAAGUUCAAGAAGACAAAGAUAGGCAGCCAGGAGCAUCCGAUCGGAGACAAGAGUUUUCAGUGCUACAUCCGCCAGCAGUCUGAGAGCUCCACCUACUCCAUCUAGCCAAGGCCCUGCGUACUGUUUCUAUGAUGCCCAGAACCAGCAUUUUUUUUUUACUGCAAAGAAAUCCAUCUUAUCAGUGCUCUGAGUCUGGGGUUGAGUUUUAAAUCUUUACUUUUCCUUAAAAGGAAUAUUUGACUUUUUAAAAUACAUUUCUGGAAGCAGGUGAUGCUGUUUUUCACCUGACUGACUUGUUCAGUUUUAAGGAAAAUAAGAGUUUUAAGGGUCAAUACCAGACUGAAUGUGUGUGUGGAGAUGGCCAUUUUUUGCAGUGUGUCAAGGUGCAUCACUCCAAAGUUUGGAGAACAGACCUCAGACCUCAGCAAGAAUAAAAGAGGAACAAUUGUGGAGGAAAGGAAGGAUAUGAAUGAAGACAUAAUCGCACCAUGCAUCUAUUGGGGUCUCCUUUCUGUGAUAUGAUGAGAGAACAAACAAACGUUUUCACUGGACAGUUUUGACAGUGACCAACACGCACUUUAAUCGCCUCCAAAUCUAUGGAUGAACAAGCCUCGCAGCACACUUUCAAAAAAGCUUAUUUUAUCUGUUUGAUUUGUAUUUGGUUAUUUUAAUGGUUGUUGAAAUGAUCCAUUGUAUUUCAUUCGAAAAGGAAGGAAGGAGUGUAAUUUUCCCGUCUUUGGGUGGUGUUGUCCCCAUGUACCUGUUCUUUUUUUAGUUUUUAUCCCCAACCUCCUCAGGAAGGCUGUGAAGGUCAAGGGCACACAUAAAGGGAUUGUCGGGACCAAGCACAGCCAAGAGCAGCUUGACGUUAGCUAUCACAGACAAUUUUAUCCCUCAUUUUUAAUCCUUAUCAUCAAUGUGCUAACAGAUGUAUAGGUUUAAGUUUUCAUGUUACAUUUAAAGCCUUGUUCUGUUGCGGUUGGAUAUCGUGGUCCUGUGUAACCAGUAACUGGGUUAAAGGAAUAGCUUGUUUUUCUUUCUUUUAUUCUUCUUACACUGAGUCAGACAAACUUCAUGGAUGCCUUUUUUGUAUUUUUGUUCGCUGUUUGAAGGUAUAUUGAGCAGUUUACUUAAGUAAGACAAAAUACACUUAAUGGCAGAUUAGUUGAACAAAUAAAUUAGUUUAUGUCCAACUUCAAAACCAGUUUCUGUAGAUAUCAGUGCCAGAUUUCCCCGGAAGAACAAAUGUAUUCAGUAAAAUGUAUUGUGUAAUCACAAUAUACACUCAUUGACCACUUUAUUAGGUGCACCAGUACAAUCUAUUGCACAUCUAUACAACAGCUCUGCCAUAAAUUCUACAUUCACAAAGUUUAUAUUAUUCUGUUUUUGGUGACAUUGUCGGAAACCUGUAAAUUCUAAUAUAUGUUUAUAUUUAGGUCGUAAUUAAAGGUGCAGUUGUACUGGACUGCAUUAUAUUGAGAGGAAUUUCUAGUUUUGUUGGCCUAUUUACAUAUGAGAGGGGUUCAGAAUAUUAGAAAUAGCUCUGAAUAUAAAGCAGUCCAGUACAACACCACCGAUAACUAUGACAUCAAUGCUUUAAUUACCACUUCACUGACAGUGUCCAAAAAACUGAACAUUAAAGGCACCAUAAAAGGAGACUUUAUGACAGAACAGUUGUAUUGGAUUGCAUUAGAUUUUACAGGUGAACCUAAUAAAGCAGCCCCUGUUGGUCUGUAAUUCCUGGAAAUAUUAGUAUUAGUAAUUCCUAGAAAAGUAGCUUAAUUUAACUGUUGCAGGUUCCUAUGCAAUGUAUAUUGCCUCUUUUAACAAGUUGCUUGUGCUAGGCUAAGAUCGCCAUUCAACAUACCCUCAAACUGAAAGCAGCCAUAACAAAAGCAUAUGUUUGUUUCACUCUGUGCAAGUGGAAAAAGUAGUUACAGCCAAACGAUCCCUUCAACUAUCACAAAGCAGAAACUAUGUGUUAGCACAGCUCAUUAACAAGGAUAGUUUUAGCUUAUCUUCUAAUUAAUCAAUAUACUAACAUUUUAACCAGUCUCGUCUUCAAGUUAUGAUUGUGAAUGGGUAGUGUGUUACUGGUUGUGUUGCCCUGUUGGCUGCCUAAUAAUGUAGAUCUCCUGUUUUUGUGAGUUCAGCUCUGUCUUACUUUGGCAAAGCUGCACCCCUGUAGUUUAAAACUUAUUUAUGUGCAUUCCUCUGAGAAACUGCCUGCUGUGAAUCUUACCCAUCAGCACCCCAGAAUCUGUUGAAGGUACAAGGUUGAGUGUUGUUAACCAGUUGUGUUGUUCCAUGCUUCCCAAAGGCAACCACUCAUUAGCGUUCAUAUUCAUCAGCACUCAUUAUCGCCAAACCAGUGUAUGUGAAGUAUAGUUGUAGUCACAGCGACGGUAGCCUCCACAGUCACUUCUGCGCAACCAGGUGACUACAAACGGGAAAUUUUUUGUAUUUUCCAAAACUGAGUACCUAGUUAUGUAGCCUCAUGGGUGUUCCCGUGAUCACAGGAUCCCAAACAGUGCCAGUCAUUACUUUUAUAAAAUUCUCUUUUUUGAAAAACAAACAAAAAAAAAAAUCAUUGUUUGGAUAUGUUUUUUUUUAUAUAUAUAUAUAUAUCUCAAAACCUAUACUGUUUUAAAAACAGACAAGCAAUUAUUCCGAUGACAUCUUUUUCUUUGUUGAAUAUGUUGAUCUACGAACUGUAAGGAAGGUUCGCAACUGUUUGACUCUGUUUUCUAUCUUUGUCUUGUCAUACAGAAAUCUCGCUGUGUAUCUGAAUUGAAUGACUGAAGUGUGUGUGUUUUGUGCGUGUUUUUGAGUGUAGUAUGUGCAUGAGUGACUGACAUGACGGGUUGUAUUGCCAAUUGAAUUAACCCAGUGUUACAGGUCAAGAAAGGCAGAGUCCCACUUGUUAAAAAAAGAGAAAAUCACUGCCUGUAAUAUAAAGACUUUAGUAGGACUAUGGAAACACUGUUUUGCUCUACUCUGGCCUGAUCUAGUGUAUCUCCUCUUCCCUCUUGUAUAGAACCACUGUUCCAUUUCGAGGAACCUUUGCCAAUAUAUUCUCCCCAAACAUUUUAUGUAUAUAACAACACUGAUGAAACAUUAAGAGAACAGCAUUGCUUUAACCUCUGAACUUUAGUGAGUGUUUGUUUCCACCAGUUACUAACUCUCCUCAGGUUUAUUGAAACUCAGCAGUUUCCGACAAGACUCGGACUGAAUUACAAACCACCAAACAUCUCUCUCUCUCAUCCCUAACUUGGUAACCAUAUUUAUUGUCAUUUUCAGUAAAAACUUCCCAGAAACAUCAGCUGAGUUGGUGUGGUAAUGGCAGUUACAGUAAUGUCAACUCCUCCACCCCGAAGUCCACUAAGGAAUGACUUAUGCAAUAAUGGUGUUUCAGCAUGCAAUAAUAUUAACAAUCCCUCAAUAAGAUUAUCAAAUUAUCACAAAUUAACUACGCACAUCUGCUGACCUUUUGCAGUAAAAUGCCUCUCAAGAUAAACACAUAUUAUAAAGGGAGAACAGUGUAUUUUGUACAAAUAUUUUAAAAGUAUUAAAAAAAAAGCCUGUUAUCUGUGUGCAUAACAGUUGAAUGAAUGGUGAAAAUGUGAUGUUUUUUUUCCCUGAAUAACUAAAUGAAACCAAUAUUAAUGCAAA